ACACCACACAAUUAUUUAUUUCACAUAUUUAUUUACUCAUGGGAAAUUUUCUCACCCUAUUCUUUUUCAAACACAAGCACAACACAACACACAUACAACCACAUAAAAUGGAAGACAUCCAACACAAGAUGGUGGCAGUCAACGGCAUAAACAUGCACGUGGCCGAGCUCGGCAAAGGCCCAACCAUUCUCUUCAUCCACGGCUUCCCGGAGCUCUGGUACACGUGGCGGCACCAGAUGCUCUACCUUGCAUCGCACGGCUACCGUGCGGUGGCCCCUGAUCUCCGUGGCUAUGGUGACACCACAGGUGCACCCACCAAUGACCCCACCAAGUUCACCACCCUACAUGUGGUGGGAGACCUGGUGGCGCUCAUAGAGGCUGUGGUGGCACCUGGUGAGGAGAAGGUGUUUGUUGUGGGACAUGAUUGGGGUGCGUUUAUGGCUUGGGCUUUGUGUCUUUAUCGGCCUGAUAAAGUUAAGGCUGUGGUGAACUUGAGUGUGCCUUUUAGUCCAAGAAACCCUAAGUUCAAGCCUGUUGAUGCACUUCGUGCUCUUUAUGGGAAUGAUUACUACAUCAUCAGAUUUCAGGAACCCGGGGAAAUUGAAGGCGAAUUAGCCGUAUGGGGUACAGAAAGAUUUCUAAACGAUCUCUUCAAUUAUCGAAAACCUGAAGCACUGUUACUACCCAAGGGUAUUGGAUUCGGAACUUCACCUAAUGAUCCUCUAGUCUUGCCAUCAUGGUUGUCGAAAGAAGAUCUCGCAUACUACACCAGCAAGUUUGAGAAAACCGGCUUCACCGGAGGUUUAAACUACUAUCGCGCCUUAAACAUAAACUGGGAGUUAACCGCACCAUGGACUGGAGCACAAGUGAAAGUUCCGGUUAAGUUCAUUGUGGGUGAUCUUGAUUUAACCUACAACACAAUGGGUGCUAAAGAUUAUAUCGAAAAAGGCGGAUUUAAGAAAGAUGUGCCUCUUUUAGAAGAUGUGAUCAUACUGAAAGAUGUAUGCCAUUUUCUUCAUGAAGAAAAACCUGAUGAAAUCAACCAAUAUAUCCACCAGUUUUUUAAGAAGUUUUGAACUCAUCAUCCGUGAGUGACUACUUUUCUUUUGUGAACUUCAUGCAUGUGAUUAAAGACUGUUGACGUUGUUUAGCCAGUUGCAUUCAAGUCUUUGCAUUUGUGUCUAUAUUUUAAUUAUGAUUGUUAGUGGUUUGAUGCGUGUAUGGUGUGAAUAUUUAUAUGUUUUAUAGGAAUAUUGGAUUUUAAUAAUCAUAACUAUUCGUCGUUGGUCGCUAA